ACCGCAUACUUACUUUUCAUGCAAGUAUGUUAGUACGAGGUUUAACUGUUGUUAGCACUCCGAAAACUGCAUCAAAAAGUAAUGAUUAUCUAAUGGGACUUAUUUUGAUCAUUGGAUAAAUAUUAUUGAAUUCAUCGGUGAGACUAUAAUUUGUGGACGAGGCAACUAGAUAUAAGAUAACAGGAAUACUUUGGAUUUUAAUGGCUUAACUUAAAAACCAUCCUAUGAAUUACUAGUUGCUAACCAACUGCCAUAAGGGUAGCCUGUGUCACUGCAAGGUAACUCGUACUCGUACUUGAGAUCUCAGCCUUUUCCAAUGAUAGUUCUUCAUCUUCACAUGCUGCGCAGAGCUGCUUCCAAAAUGUCAGUAGGAAAAUUUUAGAAUAAUGGAGAAAUUCGAAAGCCGCCUAACCCACUUGCUGAAAUGAAACAAUAGAGUAGUAAUUCUGUUAGGGAAAACUCACGCUAGCUUUUCUUUGUUGAUAAAGUAGGUUCUUAAUAAGACAGUCUCCUUGAAAGUGCUCAUAUAAAGUUUGUCAGAUUUGUAUGUCAUGUCAUCAUGCAUCGAAAUGGGAAUGAAUUGCUUAUAAACUUCAAGUUAUUACUAAUUGGAGAUAGUGGAGUUGGGAAAUCAAGCUUGUUAAUGCGUUAUACUAAUGAUUGUUUUGAAAGUCAGCUAUCUGCAACUAUCGGCGUUGAUUUCAAAGUCAAACAUGUUACGGUCCCUGAUGGAACAAAGAUUAAGCUCUCUAUAUGGGAUACUGCUGGUCAGGAGCGGUUUCGUACUUUGACACCCAACGUGUAUCGUGGUUCACACGCUGCUGUUUUUGUGUUUGAUGUGUCGAAUCGUGAGAGCUUUGAUCAUCUGACCAGUUGGAUGGAAGAGUUAAAAACUUAUUCAGACAAUCCAAACAUGAUUAAACUUCUUGUUGGAAAUAAAAUUGAUAAUAUUUCCCGAGAGAUUUCUCGUGAAGAGGGUCUUCGUUUUGCCCGUUUAUACAGUAUGCCGUACGCUGAAACAAGUGCGAAAACCAGUGAAGGUGUUAAUCAGCUAUUUUCUGAUGUUGUUACUAGAAUUUAUAAUCAUUCUGAAUUGUGGAAUCAAGGAAAAAAGCGUGCAAUUAAUAAUUCUUCAAGUCGUGCUCACUUAACUGAACUUGAAGAUAAACAGACCCGUAGUGGCUGUUGUUCAUAAUAUUCGUAGAUGUUUUGGUAUACAUUCCUUACACUUUGCGAAUUCAUGACUUCACUUCAUUAUUGAAAUCUCUUAUUUUAUCCAACUAAAUACUAUAUAUGGUAUACUAUAAUGGUUUACUGCUAUUUUUUAUGUUUUCUGAUAACAGUUUAUUACAAACUCUUUCUUUAAGUUUAUAGUGUCACUCAGUAUAAGGCUGUGAUGUUAUUUGUUAGCCAAAAUUUUAUGAUGCUUUCAUAGUUUUGCGCUGCUUUCCUUCAUCUAUUUUGACUAGAUAAAUAUCUAAAAAAUAGGUUGUUGUAUGUCCUUUUUUCGUUGGCUGUUUCAUUGUUUCUUUUUCAAAAAAAGAUCAAAACAACUGAGACUAUUUUCUUUAUCCAUUUAGACAGUUAUUUUCUUUUCAAGAUUUUUCUUGUUUAUUUUAUUGUACCUUUAAAAAAUUUCAAUAUUUCCGUUACUUGCUUUGAAAUUGAUCACACUGUUUUAUAGAAUUUUUUCGUCAA